AGCCGCUGAAGGCGCGGCGGCCGCGCCCGGCCCGGGGCUCGGCGCUUUGUCCCUGUGCCCGCGGCGAGCCGGGGCCCCGUGUGCCAUGGAGCUGCCGGGGCUGGGCGAGCACUGCUCCGAACGCACCUGCAAACAGCUGGAUUUCCUUCCUCUGAAAUGUGAUGCAUGUGGGGAAGUCUUCUGUAAAGAUCACAUCCGUUACGAUGACCACAAGUGCAGCUCUGCCUACAAGAAAAACGUGCAGGUCCCAGUGUGUCCCCUCUGUAACACUCCUAUCCCAGUGCAGAAGGGAGAAAUCCCAGAUAUUGUGGUUGGAGCCCACAUAGAUAAGGACUGCAAAUACAAUCCAGCACAGCAAAAGCAGAAGAUCUUCACAAACAAAUGCACCAAGCCAGGCUGCAAAAGAAAAGAGAUGAUGAAGGUGGUUUGUGAACAGUGUGGUGGCAGCUUCUGCAUAAAACAUCGGCAUCCUCUGGAUCACGACUGCAGAGGGGGCAGCCAGCCCAUCUCCAAGGCAGGAUAUGCAGCUCUGAUGAGAGCAUCUCAUCCCACCUUCAAGUCCCCGGGAGCAAUUGGAGUGCCAUCUAAUGGGAAUCGUCAGCACAACAGGUAUCAGCUGCACCAGGAGAAAAGACAAACUAAAACCAGGCUGGUGUCCACACGGUGUGGCAGUGCCACUGUCACACCUCUAACUGCUCUAGAGCUGGUGGGUGACCUGUAAAUGGUGUUGGGAGUGCAGUAGAGGGGCUCUGACAGCACAGGUGAAUCCCUGCUUCUCUACAAUGGAGUGAUGAAAGUGGCCUCAUAGAUAAAAGCAUUAAGACAUCAGAUUGUGUCUGCAGGUUGGUCUCCCACCUGUUCAGUGGGUUUGGCCAAGUUCUGGGGAAAUGGUGUGCCAUCAGACUGAGGAAAACACAGCAAGCACCUGAAUUGAAAUAAAUGGCCCAAGCCCUUCCCUGGCAUGUUGUAGCUCCAUGUGACUGAAAGUUCUAGUUGUGCAACCCUUACAGUGCAUUCUUAUGUCUUACAGGUGCAGAUAGUAGAGGCUCUUCGUCUGGAUCAAUUCUUUAUUUUAAAGUAAAUAUUUUUUCCCUCUCUCUUUAAAUUUCUAUGCAAUUAACUUUUGUCAUUAUUUUCUAUGCAUUCAAUAAACUGUUACCCUUUCCAAGCCAA